AUGGGGAGCAGCGGGGGCAGCAGCGACUACUUCCUGCGCCAGCUGAGCUCCAGCGACGGCGGCAGCGCACCGGCGCCGGCGCCGCGCCAGCCGGAGGAAUGGGAGUGCGGCGCCGGCACCGGCAGGCGCGGGUCGAGGAGGUGGUCGAGGAAGAAGGCGCGGGCGAGAGGCCACCGGCGCGGCGGCGGCGGCGGGUUCUGCGGCGCCCCGGAAGAGGCCGCGGCGGCGGGGAGGAAGCGGGUGAUGGUGGUGGUGGACCAGAGCUCCGGGGCCAAGCACGCCAUGAUGUGGGCGCUCACCCACGUCGCCAACCGGGGGGACUUCCUCACGCUGCUCCACGUCCUGCCGCGCGGCAGCGGCGCCCGCGGCGAGGAGGCCUCCGCGCUCGCCAACUCCCUCGGCUCCCUCUGCAAGGCCUGCAAGCCCGAGGUGGAGGUGGAGGCGCUUGUGAUCCAAGGGCCCAUGCUGGCCACCGUCCUCAGCCAAGUGAAGAAGCUGGAGGCGUCCGUGCUCGUGCUCAGCCAAAGCAAGCCGUCCCCUUUCUGCUGCUUCAUGCGGAGCCGCGGCGAGGUGCUGGUGGAGGAGUGCAUCAGCAGGGCGGAGUGCCUGACGCUGGCGGUGCGGCGGCAGAGCAAGGGCGUCGGCGGCUACCUCGUCAGCACCCGGUGGCAGAAGAACUUCUGGCUCCUGCAAUAA